CACUAGCAGCCGACGUGUAACUUACUUGGCUUAAUUAUUAUCGUACCCAAACAAAACUUUGAACCCUUGGGAUAUCAUUGUAUUGUUGACACGUGUAGUUAAUCAAGUAAUAUACAGUUAUAUAUUGUGUAGAAUUUACUUUUGUCACCAAAAUCUUACAGUGAUUAAUCAUGAAAAGGGAACUGAUGUGGUCAGGAGUAGUAUUUCUAGCUUUGAUUGUGCUGGUUUCCGGCGGGGUUGCCAAGGCAACAAAAGAGGAUGUAAAUCAUGGUGCUGGUUCCCCAGAAAAACAUGGGAAACAGGAACAUGAGGUAGAUGGUCAUCACAAUGUCCAUUUUGAUCACGAAGCUAUUUUAGGGUCAUACAAGCUUGAGGAAGAGUUUGAAGACCUCCCUCCAGAAGAAGCUAAGAAAAGAUUGAGUUUACUAGUAAAGAAGAUGGACAAAGACCAUGACAUGUUUGUAUCAAAGGAGGAGCUUACAGACUGGAUUGUUAUGUCAUUCAGGUUACUGGACGAGGAAGAAGCAAUGGAAGAGUUUGAUGAGAAGGAUGAGGACCACGAUGGUAAACUUACCUGGAAGGAAUACUUACACUCACAUUUCAGCUACACUGAAGAUGAAAUCAAAGAAAUGAGGAAGACAGAUAGAGAUGAUGUUUUACAUUUUCUAGUGGGUGUAGAUGAAGAGGAGAGGAAAUUUGAAGCAGCAGACGUUAACAAGGAUGGUAUACUGGAGAAAGAGGAGUUUGUAGCCUUCUAUCAUCCCUACAACUAUGAACAUAUGCACCAUAUAGAGUUACAGAGAGUUAUGAAUGAUCAUGAUAAAAACACAGAUGGUUUCCUCUCUCUUGAAGAAUAUAUUGGAGAUAGCAGCCAUGAUAAAGAAUGGGAAAUAGUUGAGAAAGAGAGAUUCAAGGAAUAUGAUGUAAACAAAGAUAACCUACUCAACUUUGACGAGAUUAAACCGUGGGUGUUGACAGAUAAUAAAGAGGAGGCUGUGGACGAGGCGGAACAUCUGAUAAAACAAGCCGACAGUAACGGAGACGGACGGCUAACUGAACGUGAAAUCGUUGACGCACAUGAAGAAUUUGUUGGUAGCCAAGCCACUGACUACGGCAGACAUUUACAUUUUGUAAAACAUACAGACGAGUUAUAAUGUAGUAAUGUAAUUUUUAAACAGCAAUAAUUUAUGAUUCAUGAUAUUUAUUACUGUAUGAAAACCAAUGUUAUUAUAUUACGAAAACUAAUGUUGAUUAAAUGUUCAAAUGUGCAUUAAUUGAAAAAUAAGUUUAAAAUGUAAUAAUUUAAGCUUUUAAAUAUUAUAUUUAACAUUUUUUUCUCAUGAUUAUAAUUAUACUCAUUUUUAAUUGUUUCUGAAUUGCAUCCACCGUUCAUACUUGUAUGGCGACUGAAUGUGUUUGAAUUACUGGAGUCUAUGCAUCUCUUAGCUCUAGCUGGUUAGAUGGUUUAGACCCCUGAUGUUGCUUUUAGUUUGUAACACCUGAGGUUUAGCCAAAAUAAACUAUCUUGUUUCGUCGAAAUAUGACCUUAAUUGUGUUGAUGCUCUGUAAAACUGAACAAAAAAACAACAAAAACAAACAAACUUGGUUUAGAAAGAUAAUGCUUUGUUUAGCUUGAAGAGAAUAUGAUAAAAUGUUGUAUUUUUGCCAGUGUUUCUAUGUUAAGGUAAAUUGCUUUAAAUCCUUUUUCUGUUAGAUCAGAGAGAAAAAUCAUUAAAUAAGGUGUGUUAUUAUGGGAAGGAAGUAUUGAAUAGGGACCAAAGAAUACAUGAAAAGUAUAAUUUUAAAUAAAUCUAUAACAGAAUAAAGAAUGACCAGAUGUAUUUAAGCAUAAUGAUAAAAUUUGCCUUGUAAAAGUUUAUAUGUUGUGAUGAAUACGUCUGGUAUUUU